AUGGCGUUACCUCUCGCACUCGCAGGCGGCGCCGCCGCCUCUGCUUACCUGAAUGCAAAAUAUCAUUUGUGGCACGACCUAACUUCGCAUGCAUUGGCGAAUACUCCUAACAGUGCUCUCAAGUAUAUGGAGUCCAUGAUUGCGGCGAAGAAAAUGACGACAUAUGAUGUUUUCCACGAGCAAGCCACUGUGAAUCGGCCCGAUGAAGUAUUCUUGAUCUUCGAAGGCCGUGAAUACACAUGGCGCGGAUUCCUAGAUGGAGUCACUCGACUUGGCAAUUGGCUGAUGAAUGAUCUUGGUGUCAAGGCUAAGGAGAUUGUUGCUAUUGAUGGCGGCAAUACUCCCGAGUAUAUGAUGCUUUGGUUCGCUUUGGAUGGUAUCGGAGCCGUUCCCAGUUUCAUCAACUGCAAUCUUACGAGUAAGAGCUUGGUACAUUGCGUUGAGUUGUGCGAGUCCCGCUUUCUCAUCUGCGACCGAGAUGUCAUGAACCUUGUUGAGCCGUGUGCGAAGGAGUUGUCAGAUCUGAAUGUUCAAAUCCUGACCUAUGGGCCGGAUUUUCCUUUCACAUUGCCCAAUACGACUCCAUUGCCGCUUUCUCGACGAACGUGUUUGGACCCUGCGGACGUCCGCUCUCUGAUUUAUACGUCAGGGACGACCGGGCUUCCUAAGGCUGUUCUCAUGAUGACGGGACGAGAGUUGUUGACCGGCCACGGUAUUUCCGGCUAUUUGAGGCUAAAGCCCGGAGACCGAAUGUACACUUGCAUGCCGUUGUACCAUGGUGCAGCGCAUGGCCUUUGUGUGACCCCUUCGGUCCAUGCUGGCAGUGCCAUCGUCUUAGGGCGCAAGUUCUCCCACAAGACCUUCUGGCCCGAUGUCCGAGCGAGUAAGGCCAACGUCAUCCAAUAUGUUGGAGAGCUCUGUCGGUACUUGCUGAACGGAGAUCCGAGCCCUCUCGACAAGGCUCACAACGUCCACAUGGCUUGGGGCAAUGGGAUGAGACCUGAUGUUUGGGGACCUUUCCGGGAACGAUUCGGGAUUCCUUGCAUCAAUGAGCUGUACGCCGCGACAGAUGGGUUGGGAUCCACCUUCAACCGAAAUUAUGGCCCGUUAACGCAGAAUGCCAUUGGACUGCGUGGUCUGCUCUGGGACUAUUACAAUGGGAGCAACGAAGUGUUUGUCAAGAUCGAUAUUGAUACGCAAGAAAUUCUGCGAAAUAAGGAUGGAUGGGCCAUUCCAUGCAAAACCGGAGAGCCAGGUGAAGCACUCCAUCGCCUAGAUCCCGAAAACCCCGAUGCGGCCUUCCACGGAUACUAUAAGAAUCGGGGAGCGGGCGAUAAGCGAAAGAUUUACAACGUGUUUAAGAAAGGAGACCUGUGGUUCCGAGCGGGGGAUUUGCUGCGACGCGAUUCCGAUGGCCGGGUUUUCUUCGUCGACCGACUUGGAGAUACCUUCCGUUGGAAGUCCGAGAACGUCUCGACCAAUGAAGUGUCUGAUGUGGUUGGAAAGUUCGAUCAGAUCGCCGAAACGAAUGUCUAUGGUGUCAACGUCCCCCAUACGGAUGGAAGAGCAGGAUGUGCAGCGGUGGUGUUGGCUCAAGGGGUGAGCCUAGCCCAGUUCGAUUUCCAAAGUCUGGCGACACAUGUCCUUGGUCAAUUGCCAAAAUAUGCGGUCCCCAUUUUCCUGCGAGUCACCGAAGAACUUGCCUACACGGGGACUAUGAAACUUCAGAAAGGACCGUUAAGGGCAGAUGGCAUCGACCCGAAGAAAGUGGCAGUAUCAGGAGACAAGCUGUACUGGAUGCCGAUCAACCAGAAGACAUAUGUGCCAUUCACGGAAAAAGAUCUUGAGGCACUGGAGACUCGGAAAGCGCUGCUUUAA